UCCGGAAAUCGCUACUUGUGUCUGUGCGCGUGACGCCCGGAGUCGUGUAGCGCCCGAUCUCCAGAACCUCUGCCAAUCUUCAACGCGUAAUGACUCAACACCAAUGACUGCAAUUCGAGCUGCGAUUGCGCACAUGAAUGCACUGAAACUUAGAGAACAAUUUGUGUAUCGAAAAAUUGCUGAUCAAUGUGGUGUUGACCGGUCAACGUUGUCGCGAAGGCACAAGAUCUCCGGGCAACACAAACUCAACCCACAAUAAAAAGCUGAGCUCGUCAAGUAUAACAAAGGCGUACUGAGCGUUGCUUACGACCUAAAAGAGAGUCGAUACGAGAUUUCGCGUAAGCUGUUGCGCAAGAGACUCUCUCGGAAAGCUGGGUUACCCACUUUCUACACCGUUACCAGAACUGCCAGUACAACGUUGAGCCAGAGAAUCGGUACAAUACAAACAAGAAAAGCUUCAUGAUCGGCGUGACUAAUAGGUCAACAGAACGCGUUUUCAACAAGCGUCAGUAUGAGAGGAAGGAAGUCACGCAGUCACUAUAUGC